CUCUCACCAACCUUUCACUCCACUCCCAGCUCCAAAGCUUUCCCUCAAAAUUUCCCAUUAUUUUACCCAGAAAAAGGAACUAGAAAGGAAAACAAGAAAAUGAGGGAAAUUCUCCACAUACAGGGAGGCCAAUGCGGAAACCAAAUCGGAGCCAAGUUCUGGGAAGUAGUCUGCGCCGAACACGGGAUCGACUCAACGGGUCGGUAUCAGGGGGACUCAGAUCUCCAGCUGGAGCGGGUCAAUGUCUACUACAACGAGGCGAGCUGCGGUCGGUUUGUGCCUCGGGCCGUUCUGAUGGAUCUGGAACCGGGCACGAUGGACAGCCUUAGAUCUGGCCCUUGCGGGCAGAUAUUCAGACCCGAUAACUUCGUGUUUGGGCAGUCCGGUGCUGGUAAUAACUGGGCCAAGGGCCAUUAUACAGAGGGAGCUGAAUUGAUUGACUCCGUCCUUGAUGUUGUGAGAAAGGAGGCUGAGAACUGUGACUGCUUGCAAGGGUUUCAGGUAUGCCACUCCUUGGGAGGCGGCACCGGGUCUGGAAUGGGAACUCUAUUGAUCUCGAAGAUAAGGGAGGAGUAUCCUGACCGAAUGAUGCUUACAUUCUCUGUUUUCCCAUCUCCAAAGGUGUCUGAUACUGUUGUUGAGCCCUACAACGCCACUCUCUCUGUUCAUCAGCUCGUUGAAAACGCAGAUGAGUGUAUGGUUCUUGACAACGAGGCUCUUUAUGAUAUCUGCUUCCGCACUUUGAAGCUCACUACUCCUAGUUGUAAUUGGGGAAUUUUAAACCACCUGAAUUUCAGCCACCAUGAAGCUGUUUUUACAUGCUUUCCUUCGAUUCCCUGGUCACGGCUCAACUCAGACCUCCGCAAGCUUGCGUGUACCCUCAUUUCCGUUCCUAGGCUUCACCUUUUUCAUGGUUGGCUUGCACCUCUCACAUCCCGUGGAUCUCAGCAGUCAUCGUGCCCUCACCGGACCAGAAACUCACCCAAACAAAUGUGGGAUGCCAAGAACAUGAUUUGCUCUGAUCCUCGCCCAUGCAGAAUUCUGACAGCAUCAGCAAUGUUCCGGUGAUCAGCAAUGUUCCGUGGUAAAAUGAGCACAAAGGAAGUGGAUGAGCAGAUGAUCAAUGUCCAAAACAAGAACUCUUCGUACUUUGUUGAAUGGAUCCCCAACAAUGUCAAGUCCACUGUCUGUGACAUCCCUCCAACAGGCUUGAAAAUGGCUUCCACUUUUAUUGGCAACUCCACAUCAAUUCAAGAGAUGUUCAGAAGGGUGAGUGAGCAGUUCACUGCUAUGUUCCGCAGGAAAGCUUUCUUGCAUUGGUACACUGGAGAAGGAAUGGACGAAAUGGAGUUCACAGAGGCUGAGAGCAACAUGAAUGAUUUGGUGUCAGAAUACCAGCAGUACCAGGAUGCAACAGCGGAUGAGGAAGGAGAUGAGUAUGAGGAUGAAGAAGAAUAUCAAGAAGAGGUCUAGAGACAUGGAAAAAACCUUUCCUUUUAGAUUUUGGGAUUUACUUCUUUUAUACCCUUUCUAAUAUUGGUGCUAAGAGUUUACUGUAUGUGGAGUUAUUUCCUGCAAUGUUGUAUUGCUUGUUUCCGUUGUGUGCAUCUUUCAGAUUAUUGUAUCAACAAUUCACAAAGUACUGGUUUAAUGAUUUUCUGUUGAGUUUCUAGCUUGGAAA